AUGCAUGCGUCAUGCGCCAGACACGCCACCUUAGCGAGCCAGGCCGGCUGCGCAUGUGAAGUUCGCCUGUUGGGCGACCAGUUUCUUUUGGACGUGGCUUGCUUGUUGGGCUCCCGUUGUAUUCUUGCGCUUUUUGUGCACUUCGACAUCCCGCCACUGCACUAUUGGACUAGGAAAGGUCAGGAAUUCGUCGCAGUCCGAUGUGAGGACGGAACGGCGCGCGUAUUCGACGCAUACUGCCCACAUUUGGGCGCCCACCUGGGAAUGAUGGGCCGUGUGGCGGGAGACAUCAUCGAGUGUCCUUUCCACGGAUGGAAGUUUGAUUGUAAAAGCGGAUCUUGCACCCACGUGCCGUACUUCGCCAAAGCCCCUUCUUUCGCCAAGGUGAAUGUCUGGAUGUCUAAGGAACUCCUCGGCCUGGUGUUCGUAUGGUACCACGCAGACGGCAAGGCACCCUCAUGGGACGUACCAGAGGAUAUAUUGAGCCGCACUCUGGAGUCGAAGUCUACGGGUCGAUUCGAGCACUCGGUGCACUGCCACAUCCAGGACAUAGCUGAGAAUGGCGCCGACUCGGGUCACUUCAACAAGGUCCACAAGGCGAGCAGCUUGGUCAACGGCACCGAGUUCGAGAAGAACAUGGGCGAGUCGUGGAAGGGCCGCCUUUUCCAGCACCAAUGGGUGGCUACAUGGAGCCCAAACAAGCACGAGGCUAUGGUGGUCAUUGAGGCCUUCAUAUCUAUCCUCGGCUGGAAGCCCGACUAUCUGCGUCAUCAAGUCGAGGCUCGCCAGGUACAUCCAAACAACGACCCGCCGUGGUUGCUCAGUGGCUAUGGUGUUGGGCUGCUGAGCACGAGGUCGCGGGAUCGAAUCCCGGCCACGGCGGCCGCAUUUCGAUGGGGGCGAAAUGCGAAAACACCCGUGUGCUUAGAUUUAGGUGCACGUUAAAGAACCC